UCUGUAAACACUUAUAAUUAUAAUCUCGCAUCAUACCUUGUGGAUAUACUUCUGCCAAUUUCCGCAAAUCAGUUCACAAUCAAGGCCUCUUUUAGUUUUGCGCACUUGGCCAAGUCAUAAAACCAUAACAACGAGGUGAUGUGCUCUUUUUACUUUAGCUCCUUGUUUACAAUCGUUCCACUCGACGAGACAAUACAAUUUUUUCUUAAUAAACAAGGUAUAUGUUCUCCCAGAAAAACCAACAAUAUCCCGCUCCGUCUUAAAAGUUCUGCUUGAGUUCGCUACGAAGAAGACUAAGCCCUUUUUUUUCGAUGGUCAGUACUACGAUCAAAUCGAUGGUGUAGCAGUGGGAUCAUGUUUAGGCCCUGUUAUGGCAAAUAUCUUGAUGUGCCACUUAGAGGAAAAAUGGGUUCUUAACAGCAACGCUCGCCCUUCUGUUUGGUUCCGAUACGUCGACGACACGUUCACCUUAUUUGACAGUAAGGACAUAACAGUUUUACGCUCGCCCUUCUGUUUGGUUAUGAUACAUCGAUGACACGUUCACCUUAAUUGACAGUAAGGACACAGCACAGUGCUGCUGUGUCCUUACUGUCAAAUAAGGUGAACGUGUCACCGACGUAUCGAAACCAAACAGAAGGGCGAGCGUUGCUGUUAAGAAAAAAGAAAAAAAAAAUUCUACACUAUCUCAAUACCUGUCAUGUAAAUAUCAAAUUCACCAUUGAAUUCGAAGAGAAUAACGCAAUCUCAUUUCUUGAUAUCCUCAUC